AUGCAGGAAAUAACCGUUAAGAAACUCUGGGAUAAUUUCAAUCCAUGUAGUUGUCUUGGCUGUCAACUCCACAGCUAUGCAAAUUAAGAAUCAUAAUUUACAACAUCUAACGUUCAAAAGUUAAUUCAUGUAAAAUGAUUUUAAAAAGUUAAUUCAUGUAAAAUUAUUUUUAAAUCCUGUUACCCCACCAAACCCCAACAGGUUUGUGGUUGUCAACAGGCGGUGUUUCGUAUCUUGCCUGCAUUCAACAAAAUAAUCUAACUAAAUUUUGUUCCAAUGUAAAGCUCUGUGCGACACUGAAUUAAAUUGUCAGCUAUUCUGAAAUCAAUAUAUGACACUGUUAAAAGGUGAUUUAUUAUGACCUUUAGACUCUUCUUCAUGCGUCGCUACAGUGUUGUAAAGCCGUUUCAGAGACCCGAAUUCAAUUCUAUCCAAAGAAAGCAUUGCUCCGGAAGCUGCAGAAUUGUGGCUCACAAAUUAUCAAGUUUCCCACAAAAAAUAAAAUCCUGGCUGUGCAAUCGAUUGCAUUUGUUUAUUGUUGUGUUGCUCUUUAUUGCUUCGGUCGCUGUUCAUUAUUCGGGCUGACAAAAAUUUCCAAAUAACAAUCCUUUACUUUUUUCAGGUAUAUCUCGUUUGAAAGAGAGCAUACUCUCUGAAUCGAGCGUGCUCACAUCGUUAGAUUGUAGCAGCAAUUGUUUGGAAACACGUUUCUGCGUUGCUUACAAUUACAAGGAGAAAUCAAAAGAAGAAGAAAUCAACUGUCAGUUAAGUCACAGCAGCGUCAACCAUAGAUUUGGGAAAGUAAACAACGAAGAUAAUGACUGGACGUUUUACGAAGCAGCCGGAAAGAGAAUCGUAAGUAUUUCGAUGGGGGGAUAUGAAUGCUAGCUAAGAUGAAUUCCCUAUGUUCAGCUCAAUAUGAUCGAGUUGAAAGCUUUCUAAAGGAAACUAUAUGGCAGCCAGUUUAAUUAACCAUGUCUGAUCACGAAGUAAAAUUGCAUUGUAGAGCUCAGUUAGACGCUUAUUCCAUUUCACCCUGUUAAUAUUUCCUAUGAGGUGAAGCCUUCGAUUGUUUAUAUAAUAGUGUUAGGCCUAGUUCUUAUGAAUUUUCAUACCGCUGUUUUAACCAACAGAUACCAGUGUUAUGAUGUAAUGUAGAUAGCACUGUUACUUGUUGGUCUCAUGAUUUGCGAGAACCGAAUGCAAUAAUUGCUUUAUUAUCUAUUUCUCGGAAUACACAAAAAAGGUCGGCGAACCUUUUCUUCAAGGAAUCCCUUUGUAUUUUCGCACUUUUGGCAUAAGCCCCAUAAAUUAGAGUGACCUCAUUGUGUGUUACAUUGUUUUAGAAUAUACCACGAAGUUAUGUCAAACGUGGUGUAUAUAUUUGUUACCAAUAUUCCACUGUGAGGUCAUGCAUGUCUCCAAAUUUGGGCAGCUACAAAGCGUAUAUCACGAUAUCACCGUCAUCUCUUAGGCAAUCAAGACUCUUGAAUUGUUUUCAAUAAAUAAUAUUUUGUAUUGUUUAUCACCAUACAGAAUAUAGAUUAUGUUGUCAUUUCGGUGAUUUCAUGUGAGAACGUCCAAAUUCGCAAAAGGACUAUACCGAGGUGCAAAUGACAACUUCUUGCUUUUUUUUCCAGUCUAGUUGUGGAGACAUCUAUGAUUGUCAAAAUGGAGGGACAAUAGCUUGGGAUCCAGUGAAGCCAUUUAAAUGUGAUUGUCCAGAGAAUUUCGAAGGGGAACUCUGUGAGAAGAUGAAAAGAUGUAAAUAUUUUUUUCAUUGAAUUAUCACAAUUAUUUAAAAUAAGGAUUCUCGGAACAAAAAGGUAUAGGCAAAAAAUUGGUUACACAAAGCGAAUACUACGACUGCGUGAAACCCCCCAAACGAGAUACUAUAAUUGCGGGUGGAUGGACUAUAAAAGAGAACCUGACACGAACCACUUUGUUUAUCAUACACAAAAAUAUACACAUGCGCAAAUUUUAUUGCACAGUUAUUAAUUAAUUAUAUAUUUAGUACAUGCAUUUAUUUAUAGUUAGUUUGUUGUUGUUAUUGUGUGAAUUGACAUUUUCUUGGGACAUCUUGAUGGACUACUAAGUAUAAACAUUAUUGCGAGUGGAUGGUGAUCAGACUUUAUUUGGAAAAUAGAGCUUGAUAUUCAGGAUCGCUAAGAUCCUGAUUAUUCGGUAACCAGAAUCGACCCUAACGCAGAAAGAACUAAAAUAUCCAUUCAUAAAAUGAUAGUGAAUUUCUUUUUUAUCAUUUUUAAUCGUAGACACUCAGCGGUCCUUCUUUCCACGGCCUUAGCUUCCUGGGCUAACGAAGGGAAAGGGAGACUGCCGACAGCACAUCAAGAAAAGAAAUACGCCCACUUUUCGUCCUUGCCAAGUUGGCUCCGCCUUUACAUGAACACUAUACUUAUGUCCAAUUAAAUCUAUUCAAUAGGAACCGUUAAUGUCAUAUGUUUAUUUAUAAAAUAAGUAUUCAGCUGGAAAUUAUUUGUAGCAUGUAAUUACUACGUCUCAGAUUUGAUUGACAGGCACAUCGAUUUCGACCAAUGGGAAUUUUGCGUUGUGAGUGCAACGCGUAUUUCGUUUCUUGAUGUCUAGUCGGCAGUCCCUCCUGUCUCCCGAGGGAUUCGUAUUUAAAUCCAAUAGCUGUUACAACUCUGUCUCUGAACCGUCUAUUUUCUAGCAUUUAAUUGAUGCACCUUUAGCAAUUCCUUAAGCCGAAAUAUAUGUUCAUCACCUUCACAAUCAUGUUGACAUGUAUUCAAGCAAGUUGAUUUUCAAACGGAAUGUUUCAAUGUUUCAAAUACAGAUAUCAUGAAUAGAGGCGAAGGCAGUGAUGAUUUCAAAACAAAAUUGGAUUAAGUUUAUUGUAGGAAAUGUUUAAAACAAGUUAGCAAAGAGAGGUUGAUUAUGUACGAACUAAAAUAUUGGAUACCAGUAAUUAAGACGUAAACUGCAUGGCGGAGGCACAGGGAGCCCAAGCGUUGAUCUGUGUAAGUGUUCUAUGUUUUUCGGUUUAUUUAUUUUAGUGUCUUUAUAUUGCCUUUUAAUUGAAUUAUAACACUUAAUUACACUAAUAUGUCAUAUAAUAAUAAUAUUCCUAUAGUCGAACAUAUAAUAACAACAUAUAAGUUGAUUUGUAUUUGUAUUGUUUUUCAGUUUAUUUAUUUAAAUCUAUCAUUAGCUUAUAUUAAAGCACCACCUUUCGAACCUGACAGCCCGUUCGCAGGCUACACGCGUUAUUUCGCACUGAAAUAAGAAAUAUGGCAAGGGAUGAAAUUACAAUACCGCGAUGUUUUAUUUUGAAGCCGUAUGUGCUUGUUAAAACGAAUUUUAACUUGAAAUUCGGCUACAUGAUAUGUCUAAGGCUAAAGUACAUAGCCAUUGAAACAUUUUGUGAAAUAAAAGCCCUAGAGUCUUAUAAAUUGCUAUAGUUUUUAAUAGCGACGUUUCGUAGCAUUAACGCCCCGACUUGACUGGACCUAAAUUGUUUAAUUUUAAAUUUUAAACAUUGAAUUCGUUACGAUCGACACAAAUUGGCUUCUCACCUCGAGUUGUAUCCGAGUUUGUCUCCUUGUUUAUAUCAUUGAUUCCCAAAGGUUGACGGCGUUAUUCGACACGACACUCAUUGCAUAAUUAUUGUCCACUCAAUGACAAACAUUAAGAGUUUCAUCCCUUGUCACGUAUUUAUAUUGUUGCCGUCCCCUAUUUCAAAUCCCGCGUGUAGCCUGCGAACGGGCUGUCAGGUUCGAAAGGCGGUGCUUUUAUAUAAGCUAAUAAUAGAUCUUAACUAAAUAAACUGAAAAACAUACAAAUACAAAUCAACUUAUAUGUUGUUAUUAUAUGUUCGACUAUAGGAAUAUUAUUAUUAUAUGACAUAUUAGUGUAAUUUAGUGUUAUAAUUCAAUUAAAAGGCAAUAUAAAGACACUAAAAUAAAUAAACUGAAAAACAUAGAACACUAACACAGAUCAACGCUUGGGCUCCCUGUGGCGGAGGAGGGAGAUUUGGCCAACAGGCGCAUUUGGCCAAAAUGUUUUCUUAGGGAGAUAAAAUUUAACUUGCCGAUAUAUUUACUGUACACCGAACAAUGUUUCGAGCCGAUGUCCCAAGCUUUGUAUCAAAUUGCCAGUAAUAUUCUUCUUGAGAAUGAUAAAGGUUUUGAACUAUAGAAAAUCUCAUUCCCAAAUGGGGAAACUAAACUUUAUUGCUAUUUUUCUUUAGUUAAAGAUAUAUCCUGCACGGUUCUGAAGUCGAAGUAUCCAUCUCUUACUGAUGGUCACUACCUGAUAAAUCCUGGAGAGCCAGAUUUCCCAGAAUUUUCAGUUUAUUGUGAUAUGACAGGAAAGGACGCGGUUGGAGUUACCGAGAUUGGACAUGACAGUGAAAACAGGAUUGAAGUGACUGGAAAUGGCGGCGGAAAGCCUUAUUAUGGAAGAAAUAUCACGUAUGAAGUCAGUACGGACGAAAUUGUGGCCAUAAUGAAUCAGUCGAAGUACUGUGAACAGUUUAUAAAGUAUGAGUGUUGCUACAGCUGGCUAUUACGUAAUGGUUAUGGUUGGUGGGUAUCACGGCAAGGAAUAAGGAUGAAUUAUUGGGGAGGAGCGGAAAUCGACAGCGGGAAAUGUGCUUGCGGAAUGACGAAUACUUGCGAAGGCGGACAACCGAGAUGUAACUGCGACCAUGGUGUUCAUGAAUUUCGCGAGGAUAGCGGAAAUCUCAGCGAUCUCAACACAUUACCUGCAACACAGUUACGAUUUGGAGAUACUGACGGAAGUAGCGAGUAUGGUUUCCACACUUUAGGAAAAUUGCGCUGUUGGGGUUGAGCAGCAAUUUACUCUCAACCAAAGGAAACUUGUAGAACUAUAAGCGUUAGAAUGAAUAAACCAAGCUGAUUUCAUGUGACUUGAUUUUUAAGUUGGAUAUUUAUUUGCAAUACUUCACUGAAGUAGUUAAUAUAUUGACCAUGCAUGGAAUUUUUAGUUAAUCUUAAUAAGCAGUACAAAGAGACCCUAUAAACGUUUUCAUGUUUAACACUAAUACUUAAUUCUUUUCAAAAACAUCGGCCAAACUUAUAUUAAAUGCAAAUGCAAUCACACAAUUAGCUUAGGCACAAGUGAUAACCACCAUAUUUGAACUGAGCUUAUUAUUAAUUAAGUGUGUUUAAUUUGUGGCAGGCCUAUUUAUGAUUCUUGUAUAACCGCGUACCAUUUAAUUAACAAUUUGUUUCAGCUUAAAUAUAAAGGAUCGAUUUAUUAGCAUUUAUUGAAUGAAACUAUAAGCGCACCUAUAUAUACUGAAUUCAAAGCACAAUAUAUUCAUUAAAGAUUAAAAAUUAAAAUUAGAUGCCAAAUAAGGCCCUGUUCACAUGAUCCCGGGAUAAACAACUGCCCCGCGACAAGUCAUUGACCCGGGGUACUGAUUCGUCUGUUCACAUGAACAAAGCUAGCGCGGGUCAUGGCUAUAAAUACAUUACGCGGGAAUCAUAAAUUUUUCCCGCCAACGUGAAACGGUGCAAUAUUGCUAAAUAAAAAACAUUCUGAUAAACGCAAGUCGUAUUUUAUGUUAUGAUAUUCACAAAUAGAUCGUAGUUGAUUAUCAGCCGUAAUAAAAUGUCCUCAAUUCAUUGUUUCUGAUUGACCAGAUCAAAUUCUUUGAGUAACAUACUACACUUCUUGCAUGGUUUCAAACAUGAUAUUAGCGACAAUUUUAUUUUAAUAUUAUUAGAAUCAUCACUUAUAG